AUGUCGUCGUGCUACAAAAGUAUAGAUGGUAGGCGGGACUCUCAGCUGAAAUAGAGAAGUACGUCGCUUUUUUUCCAGAAAAUCUUCCUCAAAUCAAGUUGGACAUUGACGAGCUCAUCAUCAAAUGCCUGUCCGUCGGCCAUCCCGACAAGAGCUUCACGAAAACUGUCAAGGAGCAAGAGCUCAUUUUGUUGUGCAGUCUCGCCAAGACAAGCUUCCUGGAGCAACCUGUGAUGCUCGAGGUGGAGGCGCCGAUCAAGGUGUGCGGGGAUGUGCACGGACAGUACUCGGGUGAGCACAUCCUCGAGUUUGCUAAUCACUUAAAAAUCUAUUCAGAUGUGAUCCGUCUGUUCAACAUCGCCCGUUUUCCGCCGCACUCCAACUACAUCUUCCUCGGCGACUACGUGGAUCGCGGCCGUCAGAACCUCGAGGUCAUCACGCUGUUCUUCUGCUACAAAAUCAAGUUCCACGAUCGGUUCUUCAUGCUGCGCGGCAACCACGAGUGCCCGGCUUCUUCGAGGAGAGCACCCGACUGUGGCUUGCCUUCCAUGAGUCGAUUGCUCGUUGACAGGAAGUCCUUGUCCGUCUCACCGCGUUUUCUGCAGAGUGUCGACUGA